GGAAAAGACAGACGGCUGGAUGAGGGGUUGGUUUAUUUCUAAUUAAAUAGAUGAUCGAGUCACCUUAAACUGUGUGAUCUGACUUGGAGACCUCAUUCUUUUUGAGGGAAUCGUUCAUGGUGGUAGUGUUGCUCAUUCUUCUUCUGACUCACUUUGCUGGACUAUGCUGCAGCUGUCCAGUCAUAGAGGUUUAUUGCCCAUCGACUCCUCCCCCUGGCGUGAAAUGCUGUAUAAAUGCAGCAUCAGCCCUGGAAAUUGCAUUUGCCUGAGAACUUAGCGGUGCCAAAACAUGAAGGGAUUGGGCCUGGUUGUCCUUGCACUUCUCCUGAUGCUCUCAGCUGUUGAGGCUGAUGAUGCAGAGAUGCAAUAUUGGACGUGUGGUUAUAGAGGACUCUGCAGACGGUUCUGUUAUGCCCAAGAAUAUAUUGUUGGACACCAUGGUUGUCCUCGCAGAUACAGGUGCUGUGCUGUGCGGUUUUAGCAGUGACUGACAAUCUCAUACCUGCAGCAGGACAUCACAGGCUGAGGACUGGUCUGCCUUUUUGACAUGGGAUUGGAUUGAAAGGGGCACAGAAAUAGAUGAUCGUGGUGGCACCUAUGGAACUAGCCUGGGAGACUCCUUUGGAUAAAGCCUACUGUGAACAAAUUGCAAGCCUUAUGGUAAACGACAAUGACAAUGUUUGUGGAAAUGAUCAAUUGAGCGUAUUUUGCUAUGGAAUCUGAAUAUGUGUAUCUGAAAGCGUGCAGUUGUGACUGCUUUCAUUACAGUACGUGGAACAUGAUACAUGGUAAUGCAACGAAAAUAGAGUUCAUUUGAAAAGCAGCACUCAAAGUACUGAAAUCAUCUCUAAAAUACUGUAGGCUCAAUCUUAUAGUCCACAGUGAAAUUAUUUCCAUAGCUAUUAUUAAUGCAUUUUCAAAAGGUGGAUAUGCGCUUUGGAAAUGAGUGGUUGACUGACAAUAAAGGCAUAACAAUACUUUA